UCUUACUCUUAAUCCCUUUCCCAUUCCAACACCGGCCUACCCUGGCGCCUGCCCCUUUCUUCCCUCCAGCUUGAGAUGUGAUGCUCGGCUAAAUGGAACUUGUCUGAGUCUACGUGUCUCUUCUCAUUGACUUAAAACCAUCCCGAUGUCUUUCCCUUAUUCCCAGGAUGCUCGCCGUCGGCGGGUCGGAGCCGGAGCGGGUUUCAGCUCUUCGGGGAGACGAACCGUCCUGGGUUAUUGGGUGCCACUUGCCCUGACUGUAGGUAUCGCGACCGUGGGCAUUGCCGCUUGGAUUUGGAGCGAACGCAGCGAAGAUGACGAUGACGAAAAUGAUCGCGAUCGCCGCCGCGACGAUGAACCUUUCCCCGCCUCGGGUCCUGGUAGUGAGGCUUAUCAUGCUGGCGGCCACUACGAGGGAACGUAUGCUCGCUCAACAGCAACAGAUGUCCACGGCGACCAUCCUGAAGAUGCCAGCAUGAUGGCACGCAUGCAGGGAGCCUUGCGUCGCACACCCAGCCCCCAGCAGAUACUUGACGGCGCCAGCAAGCGAGUCGCUGCGGGAAUGGCCGCGGCCGGAGCCUUCGUCGGCGGAGCUCUCACAUCGAUCCGGGAGGAGGAUAGAGGAGACUUUGAAGACCACUCAAGGUGGUCGGAAGAAGUAGAAUCCAGAGCCAACCAGAGAGAACAGCCGGCUCGCGCUGCGCCAACUACCCGCGAAGCCGUCACUGGCCCUGCUCCCACCGACAAGAAGAGAAAGACUAUCGCGAUUGUGGUGUCCUCUGAAACUCCUCGGGUGGAUCCUGAGGAGAUUAUGUCGCAGCAUGCGUCAAUCCUUUCCCACCUUCCAGAACAUGUCAAUCUCGACACCACCCGUGUUUUCAUUAUGAUCUAUGCGCCAGGCCUGAAGCAUGCCCCGAGCCAAGGCGGCUCCUCUCCACCUACCUUGUCUGUCACCUCUUCCUAUUCCAAUAUUGCUCCCGAGGAAGCAACAUCGCCGGGUGAGGUACCUGGCCGUGAACUGUCGGGCGAGUCUCGUGCGACGGACGAGCACGAGGGCACCUCCCCGUUAUUUCGCACCCUGUACACACAAGCUCAGGCUCUUGUUGAGAAACCAAACGCAAUCAUGCCCUUUAGCACUGCCACUGGCUUCGUGCAUCUUGUGCGACACAUUUCCCCGGAUAUUGUGUAUGUUCAAGAGUCUUUGGCUGGAAAAGACGGGGAGGCGGUCCAUCACAUUUCCGGCUGGGUUAGACAGGUGGUUGUCGUGGUUGGAGACGAAGGUGGCCGCGGCGGUCUGAUCGAUAGCGAUGACGAGUCGGCUUUGGCGGAUAAAGGCGAGAAAUGGUGGCAGAAGGAGGGCACCACCGGGCUCGGGAAGCGCAUCGAUGUGGUCGAUGCGCUCCGGGUUGGCGACGAUUGGCGACGACGAGUAUCUGGUUUUGAUUAGGGAGUUUUCGGGCUCGGCCAGUUUCACUGGAGCAACCGAAGUGUCAUGGACACUUCGUAUGUCUAUAGCUUUACCCGCCAAAUUCCCUUACUUUGACGAUUCUCUGCAUUUUCGUUUGAUUCCCCGGCCAUGAUGAUGUGCGAAUUCUUUCUGCCAGUCGCUUUCAUGUGAAUAUAUACAGUACAGCAUAAUCAAUGCUAUGCUCUUAUGC